AUGCCGCCGAAACAGGCGAAGACGACGGCGACGAAGACGAAGGUGACGAAGAAGGCGACGGCGACGAAGAAGACGACGGCGACGAAGAAGAAGAAGGCGACGAAGAAGAAGAAACCGGCGGCGAAGAAAAAGCAGGCGGCGAAAGAGGUUGAGAGCAAGUACGAUUUGCUGGGACAGAAGCGCGACGCGCCGGACGAGAGUGAUCCGCUGCGGAAAUUCUACACGUCCCUGCGCACGCAGAACCCGAAGAGCACGAUGGCGGAGAUUUGGUUGAUGGAGCACGGGUUGCUCGGGAGUCCAGAGGCGCAGCGAGACGCGUACGCGCGCAUGUUGAAGUCCAAGGGUAAGACGGUUCCCAAGCUUGUUAUCAAGAAGAAGAAAGUGGAGGUGAAGGAAGAGGUGAAGAGUGAGCGGGAGGAGGCGAAGGAGGAGACCAAGGUGGAGACGAAGGAGGUGUCUGCGCCGAAACCGAUGGUUUUGGUUGACGACGACAGCGACUGA